GACACUGGAUAUAGAGAAAAACAACUUUCACUACCAAUUACCGAACUUCCGCAAGUGUGAGAUCUGUUUGCUGUCUUUUCCAAAAGAGACCCAGUUCCAGCGCCAUAUGAGGGAUCAUGAGCAAAAUGACAAGCCUCAUCGAUGUGACCAGUGUCCAAUGUCAUUCAACGUUGAAUUCAACUUGACACUUCAUAAAUGUACCCACAAUGGUGAAGAUCCUACAUGCCCUGUGUGCAACAAGAAAUUCUCCAGAGUAGCUAGUCUGAAAGCUCAUAUAAUGCUGCAUGAGAAAGAAGAGAAUCUUAUCUGUUCAGAGUGUGGAGAUGAAUUUACUUUACAGAGUCAGCUAUCUAUACACAUGGAAGAACAUCGUCAAGAGUUGGCUGGCAGUAGGAUCCACAUCUGCAAAUCUUGCAAAAAGGAAUUUGAAACUUCCUCACAGCUAAAGGAGCAUAUGAAAUCUCACUUUAAAAUAAGGGUCUCAAAUACAAGAUCUUACAACAGAAACAUUGACAGGAGUGGGUUCACCUAUUCAUGUCCACACUGUGGAAAAACUUUCCAAAAACCAAGUCAGUUAACUCGACAUAUUAGAAUACACACAGGUGAAAGACCUUUUAAAUGCAGCGAGUGUGGCAAAGCCUUCAACCAGAAGGGGGCCUUGCAGACCCAUAUGGUCAAGCACACUGGUGAAAAACCUCACGCUUGUGCCUUUUGUCCUGCAGCCUUUUCCCAGAAAGGCAACCUUCAGUCACACAUACAGAGAGUUCAUUCGGAGGUUAAGAAUGGCCCUACAUAUAAUUGUACAGAAUGUAGCUGUGUCUUUAAAAGCUUGGGUAGCUUAAAUACACAUAUCAGCAAGAUGCAUAUGGGUGGUACACAGACUUCUGCAGGCUCAUCAACAGAUGUAUCUCAUGGUACAGCGGACUCUGUCACCCAGCCUCUGACACCAUCUCCCGCUAAUCUUUUGCAACCUGUUGAUAGCAAAUGGAAAAAUGCAACACAUUUUCGGUCUCCGCUUCUUCAACAGGCAGAAAACCAGGCGUCUUCAGCUACCACUCAUCAGGGACAGCAGGCUGUAACAGAUGUGAUCCAGCAGCUCCUUGAGUUAUCAGAACCGGGUCCAGUGGAAAACAACCAACCUCAGCAACCGGGUCAGCAGCUCAGCAUUGCGGUGGGAAUCAAUAGAGACAUUUUGCAGCAAGCUUUAGAAAACAGUGGGUUGUCCUCUAUUCCUGUCUCUGCACAUUCUACUGACUGCAAUCAGGCUAAGACAUCUGGGGUCCAGGAUCAAAAUCCAGAUGUUCAACCUCUGCCAAACCAUCAGGCUGAUUCUAACAAUGCAGAACAAGAAAAGGAGCAAGAGAGCACAGAUAAACUGGAAAAGAAAGAGAAAAAGGUUAUUAAGAAAAAGUCACCGUUUUUACCUGGUUCUAUACGUGAAGAAAACGGAAUAAGAUGGCAUGUGUGUCCUUAUUGCUCUAAAGAAUUCAAAAAGCCAAGUGAUCUGGUGCGCCACAUUCGCAUUCAUACCCAUGAGAAGCCCUUCAAGUGUCCCCAGUGUUUCCGCGCCUUCGCAGUCAAGAGUACACUCACCGCACACAUAAAAACACAUACUGGGAUUAAAGCUUUCAAGUGCCAAUUUUGUAUGAAAUGCUUUUCCACCUCAGGGAGUUUAAAAGUUCACAUUCGUCUACAUACAGGUGUUAGGCCUUUCGCUUGUCCUCACUGUGAUAAGAAGUUCAGAACAUCAGGGCACAGGAAGACUCACGUUGCGUCGCAUUUUAAGCACGCCGAACUCAGAAGGCUGCGGCAUCAACGGAAACCUGCCAAAGUUCGAGUGGGAAAGAGCAGUGUUCCCGUCCCAGACAUUCCUUUGCAAGAGCCCAUACUCAUCACCGAUUUAGGUCUUAUCCAGCCAAUCCCAAGGAAUAGCCAGUUCUUCCAAAAUUAUUUUAAUAAUAAUUUUGUGAAUGAUGCUGACAGACCAUACAAGUGUUUUUACUGCCAUCGAGCCUAUAAAAAAUCUUGUCAUCUCAAACAGCACAUCAGGUCCCACACCGGUGAAAAGCCGUUCAAGUGCUCGCAGUGUGGCAGAGGCUUCGUGUCGGCGGGCGUGCUCAAAGCUCACAUCAGGACGCACACUGGCCUGAAGGCCUUCAAGUGUCUCAUCUGCAACGGGGCCUUCACCACCGGCGGCAGCCUGAGGCGCCACAUGGGCAUCCACAAUGACCUCCGGCCGUACAUGUGUCCGUACUGUCAAAAAACAUUCAAAACAGCACUGAACUGUAAAAAACAUAUGAAGACCCACAGGUACGAACUUGCACAGCAGCUUCAGCAGCAUCAGCAAGCUGCUUCAAUAGAAGAUUCUGCAGCAGAUGAGCAGAGCAUUCAUGUUUCUACACAGAUGCAAGUAGAGAUUGCAAGCGAUGAGCUGCAGCAGUCAGAAGCUGUUGCAGCAAAUCAGCAGGCUAUUCUGGAGUUAGACCAGCAGGCAGGAGUAGGCACAGAAGAAACGGGACUAGAACAACAACUGACUGCUCAGCCUUUAGAGCAAGAUGAAGAUAGGUUUGUGACAUCCCAGCAUGCUUUGCAGGAAAACAUCACUCAAUUUGAACAACAGGCUAUAACACAGCAGUCGUUCGAUCAACAAGGUUUAUCACAAGGUUUUACGGUGAGCGACAGCUACAAUCAACAGACCCAGUUUCCAGCUGUGCAGCAGCUACAGGAUUCAAGUACACUUGAAUCUCAAGCUCUUUCAACGAGUUACCAUCCACCAGCCCUUCUUCAGGUUCCAAAUGCUGAUGCUAUUAAUGUAACUACUCGCUUGAUACAAGAUCAGUCAUCACAAGAAGAACUUGAAUUGCAUACCCAGCGGCCUCAUUUUCUUGAGGAUAAUGAAGAUCAAAGCAGGCGUUCGUAUAGAUGUGAAUAUUGCAACAAGGGUUUUAAGAAAUCCAGUCAUUUGAAACAGCAUGUACGGUCACACACUGGUGAGAAGCCUUAUAAAUGCCAGCUUUGUGGCCGUGGCUUUGUUUCCUCAGGAGUUCUUAAAUCACAUGAGAAGACUCAUACAGGAGUUAAAGCAUUCAGCUGCAGCAUUUGCAAUACAUCCUUCACAACUAAUGGCAGCCUUACCAGGCACAUGGCAACUCACAUGAGCAUGAAGCCUUACAAGUGCCCAUUCUGUGAUGAAAGCUUUCGAACAACUGUUCACUGCAAAAAACAUAUGAAAAAGCAUCAGGCAGGCUCCUCAGCUGUAGCAGCAGCUACAGAAACAGGAGGGGGAGUUACAUGUGUCGAAGAUGAUGAUGAAAAUUCUGAAAGAACUUCCAGAAAAUCGCGGCCUGGCGUCAUAACUUUUACAGAAGAAGAAACAGCCGAACUGGCAAAAAUCCGACCUCGGGAAAGUGCCACUGUCUCGGAAAAAGUCCUUGUUCAGUCUGCUGCGGAAAAAGACAGAAUUAGUGAGAUCAAGGAUAAGCAAGCAGAGCUGGAAGCAGAGCCCAAAUAUGCUAACUGUUGUAAUUACUGCCCCAAAAGCUUUAAAAAACCCAGUGAUUUAGUCAGGCACGUACGUAUCCAUACUGGGGAGAAGCCGUAUAAGUGUGAAGAAUGUGGGAAGAGUUUCACUGUAAAAUCUACUCUAGAUUGUCAUGUUAAAACACACACAGGCCAGAAGCUCUUCAGUUGUCAUGUGUGCAGUAAUUCCUUCUCUACCAAAGGGAGUCUAAAAGUACACAUGCGCCUGCAUACAGGAGCAAAACCCUUCAAAUGUCCGCACUGUGACUUACGGUUUCGUACUUCAGGGCGCAGAAAAACCCACAUACAGUGUCAUUAUAAACCAGAGACUAAGAAAGCUAGGAAGCCUGUCACGCGUCCUUCCACGGAUGGACUACAACCAGUCAGUCUUCUCAACUCAUCCUCAACAGACCCUAAUGUUUUUAUCAUGAACAAUUCUGUUUUGACAAGUCAAUUUGAUCAAAAUUUGCUUCAGCAAGGACUUGUGGGCCAGGCUAUUCUUCCUGCUUCUGUCUCAGCUGGAGGUGAUUUAACUGUGUCCUUGACAGAUGGUAGCUUGGCCACUCUUGAAGGGAUACAGUUACAGCUUGCUGCUAAUCUGGUUGGACAAAACGUUCAAAUCUCUGGAAUCGAUGCUGCCAGUAUUAACAAUAUAACAUUACAGAUCGACCCCAGCAUUCUGCAGCAGACCCUGCAGCAGAGCAGCCUGCUGGCUCAGCAGCUGACGGGCGACGCCGCGCAGAGCCCCGCGCUGCAGCCCGCCGAGAGCACCGUGCCCGCCAGCGUGGUCAUUCAGCCUCUCGCGGGCCUCUCCCUGCAGCCCGCGGUCACGGCCUCCGCCAACGUCACCAUAGGAUCCCUGGCGGAGCAAGAGCCGGUGCUGGCCACCAGCACCAGUGGUGGACAGGACAUCUCUCAAGUCAUGACUUCACAGGGUAUGGUGUCCUCCUCAAAUGGACAACAUGAGAUAACAUUGACUAUAAAUAAUUCCAGUUUGAGCCAAGUUCUAGCUCACGCUACAGGUUCUGCUACUACAAGCUCAUCAGGAAGUCCUCAAGAAAUCACCCUUACAAUAUCAGGCCAAGAUCUUAUCCAGCAUAAUUCUGGAAGCAGUGAUCUGAAUGGCAGCUUAAGGUUGACAACGCCAACAAUCAGCAGUCAGACUACAGGUGCUACGUUAACUAUAAGCAGUGACCAGCUUCUUUCUCAGGGCACUUCACUAAACGCUCCAGAGCUUAAUACAACAGGUGGAACAAACCAUCCUUCAACAGCACCCAUAUCUCAGUCCACAGUUUCUGCCCAGAACUUGGUAAUGUCUUCAUCAGGAGUCGCAGGAGAUGGUAGUGUGACCUUGACUCUUGCUGACACUCAGGGAAUGUUGUCCAGUGGUCUCGAUGCAGUUACACUUAAUAUUACUUCACAGGGUCAGCAGUUCCCUGCUCUACUCGCAGACCCCGGUCUCGGUAGCCAGAGUGGGUCAGGCUCGCAGCAAGUCAUCCUGGUGAGCCACACACCCCACUCGGCCUCUGCAGCCUCUGAGGAAAUAACGUACCAGGUGACUGAGGUUUCUCCUAGUGUGACUAAAAGCAGUCCAGCAGACAAAGAAGGUCGUGUGCACCAGUGUUUUGAGUGUAAUCAGACCUUUUCCUCCACCACUAUGUUGAUGCACCACAGUAAAGAAGUCCAUGGCAAAGAGAGAAUACACGUUUGCCAUGUCUGCAAUAAAGCCUUUAAGCGAGCAACGCAUCUCAAGGAACACAUGCAAACCCACCAGGCUGGACCUUCACUGAGUUCCCAGAAGCCUCGAGUGUUUAAGUGUGAUGCUUGUGAAAAGGCUUUUGCAAAGCCAAGUCAGCUGGAGAGACACAGUCGCAUCCACACAGGGGAACGGCCAUUUCAGUGUACGCUAUGUGAAAAGGCUUUUAACCAGAAGAGUGCUCUUCAAGUUCAUAUGAAAAAGCAUACAGGAGAGAGGCCUUAUAAAUGUGAUUAUUGUGCAAUGGGAUUUACACAGAAAAGCAAUAUGAAACUCCAUAUGAAAAGGGCUCAUGGUUACACUGGUCCUGUACAAGAACCUGCCAGCCAUCAAGAGCAAGAAGGUGAAGAUAUUAGUCGUUCUCUGAAUUUGGAAGAGGUGGUACAAGAAUCUUCAAAUGAAUGGCAAAGUAUAGGCAAUGUUUUUCGAUGACACCUGAAAAUUUGGAAGCUGAAAAUGCUUUCAGGACUUGAAUUUCUCUAAAUAAGUUUUCAGAAAAGUAAAAGAUAGAUUUUACAAUUGAAGCUUCAAGCAUUGAAAAUAUUAACAAUGGAAUAAUAUAUUAUAGUUUUUUUUUUAAUUAUUUCCAAAAAUUGCCUAAAAGAAUCAAUGUCUUUUUUAAGCUUGUAGAAAAAUAUUGGGAAAACGUCAUUUAAUCUGUUCUAAGUUGUCUAUGAAUCAAUGAACUCAGGUAAUACCAUAUACAGUUUCUUCAUCUUCUAAUUCACAGUCAGUAUAGCUAAUUGAAAAAUAAACUGGAACUUCAUAUCAGAAUAGAAUGAUUCCCAUU